AUGCCCACCCUGAAUCGAAAACCAGCAUCCGAGCGGGAUGGCGUCCCCCUGGGGCCUCACACCGUCUCGCCCAUGGGGCUGGGCACCUGGGCUUGGGGUAACAAGCUGUUGUGGGGGUACAGCGAGGGCAUGGACAGCGAGCUGCAGCAGGUCUUUGACCUGGCCCUGCAAUCAGGCAUCAACCUCAUGGACACCGCGGACUCCUACGGCACCGGGCGCCUCAACGGGAGGAGCGAGCGCCUGCUGGGCAACUUCAUGCGUGACAGCCGGGAAACCCGCCCUGUGAUCGCCACCAAGCUGGCUGCCUACCCCUGGCGCCUCCUGCCUGGGCAGUGGGUGGCCGCCGCCCGGGCCAGCUCCAAGCGGCUGGGCCUGGAAAGGGUGCCCGUCAUCCAGCUGCACUGGAGCACUGCCAAGUAUGCGCCCAUCCAGGAGCGGCUGAUGUGGGACGGCCUGUGCUCCAUUUACAAGGAGGGUCUGGCCGAGGCAGUGGGCGUCAGCAACUACGGCGCGGAGCAGCUGGCGCGCAUCCAUGACUAUCUUGAUGCCCGGGGGGUGCCUCUGGCGUCUGCCCAGGUGCAGUACUCCCUGCUGAGCAGGGGGGGCGCUCAGGAGAGCGUGCGGCGGGAGGCCGAGGAGCGGGGCAUCGCCCUCAUAGCCUACAGCCCCCUGGCCCUCGGCAUGCUGAGUGGAAAGUAUGGAGUGGAGGAUGGCGAGGCAGCUGCGUCCCUGCCACAGGGCCCUCGGGCGCUGCUCUUCAAGCAGAUCCUGCCUGGCGCGGCGGACCUGCUGCAGGAGCUGCGCCAGAUCGCACAGGCCCGCGGGAAGACGGUGCCUCAAGUCGCGCUCAACUGGUGCAUCUGCCAGGGCACGAUUCCCAUCCCCGGGGCGACCAGUCUCGCCCAGUUCCAGGACAGCCUGGGGGCGCUGGGGUGGAGGCUGACACGGGAGGAGUGUGGGCGCCUGGAGGAGGCCUCGGACGCCGUGCCACGGGCCAUGCUGCAAAACAUCUUUCAGACGGCCUGA